AUGUCCAACGUGGUCUAUGAACAGUGUCCUACGGACUGUGAAUGCUACACAAUCACUAGUCCCCAAACAGCAUCUAACAGUCUCACUGGCGACAAAGAAAAGGCUCAUUACAUCUCACAUGAGUGUCUUGACAACUGUGAAUGCUACGAGAAUGCCAACAAGUUUGUCUCGGAGACUCCAUCACCGGCAAAUCCCCGUCUUCCUUGGCUUUCAACCCUUCUGCCUCUCUGGGUGUUCCUGGCAAUGGCAAUUGGCAUCAUUAUCGGCAAAUUUGUGCCCUCGGCGGGUCCCAAUUUGAACAGUACAACUUUCACAGGAGUCUCAGUGCCCAUUUUCAUUGGACUCUUGCUCACAAUGUAUCCCAUUCUGUGCAAAGUGGAGUUUGAAGAUCUUCCCAAGGCUCUCAAAACCCGGGCCAUGUGGAAGCAACUGCUUAUUUCCUUCAUCAUCAACUGGAUCGUGUCUCCUGCUCUCAUGUUUGGUCUCUCAUGGGCCUUCUUGCCAGAUAAGCCUGAACUCAGAGAAGGUCUCAUGAUUGUGGGCAUUGCCCGAUGUAUUGCCAUGGUUCUAAUUUGGAACGAGUUGGCUUUUGGUGACAGCUUCUACUGCGCCGUGCUGGUCUCUUUCAACACCAUUCUGCAGAUCAUUCUCUUCCCUCCUCUUGCAUACUUUGUCGUCAACUACGUAUCUCAAAACCACAACCAUGACCCCCAUGUCGGCCAUCUGGACUACGGUUCUGUGACCAAAUACGUAGCCAUCUUCAUGGCAAUUCCUCUGGCCGCAGCUCUUAUUACCCGGUUCUUGUUCAAGAAGAUCCCCAACUGGAGCAAACACGAGCACAAGUUCAUCCAGUGGAUCUCUCCCCUGUCUCUCAUCGCUCUACUCUACACCAUCAUUGUCCUUUUUGCAUCUCAGGGAGCCAGGGUGGUGGACCAGAUCAUCUCUGUGCUACGAGUCUCGGCCCCUCUGGUCGUCUACUUCCUCAUCACCUUCACCGGAACCAUGCUCUACUGUCUGAAGGUCGGCAAGGUCAACUAUGCCAUCUCGGUGACCCAGAGCUUUACAGCCGCCAGCAACAACUUUGAGCUGGCCAUCGCCAUUGCAGCUUCUCUCUUUGGAACCCAGGGUGGCCAGGCUCUAGCCACAACCGUCGGUCCCCUCAUCGAGGUGCCCGUUCUGCUGGCUCUCGUCUACAUUGCACGAUGGUUGAGAGCUCGAUGGGUCAAAAACAACCCCAAGGCCCAAUCCGUCUGA